AUGGUGCAAUUAAUUUCAGUUAAUGUUUAUGGUCAAAUGGAUCCGAAUUGCGGUGAUGGCAUAAAUGAUCCAUGUAAAAUGGCAAAUGCAACUUUAGCUCCAUGUGACGGUCAACUACCACCAAUACCUCCUAAAGCAUUGAGUGGUGCUGAACCAUUCAAUUACGCUCUUAAAGUUGACUGUGAAAAUGUACCUGAUAAAACACCUGCAACAUCUUUCCCCAAAAAAGAUUAUAAUACUCCUAAUGAUCCUUGUAAAGCUGUCAAUGAAACAUUGACAAAUUGUGGCAGUAUUUUUAGUUUACCACCCAAAUCCACAAGUUCCGAAGUUGUAGUCCUGAUG